ACAUCUAUAAUACAUUCCCUACCUAGUAGGACUCUCUUUCUUCCCUAGGUAGCUGCUGACGCCUCAGAGUGCCAGGGUUAGAGGAGAUUUGAAAAAGAAAAAAAAAACAAAGGUCUUAUCGGGAGGAGACCCGAAAGUCUGCAUGCAGUACGGUGUCUGAUUUUCCAGCCAGAUUCAAACACUCUAAAUGGCCACUCCCCAUGGGACCUUAAUUCGCCUUCGCCAUAUAUUGUCACUGAACAGAUAAGGUUCUCAGGUUCCGGAAAUUCAGAUCUUCAUGGCAUCUGUUCCUUCGGCUUCCUUCUUCUCCUUGCCGCUUCCUCCAUGGCAGCAACCUCAGAGUGCACGGGUGGCUAAAUAUGAGGCCAAGAAGCGCAAGAAGACCCUUGACGAUUGGGGUGACAAUGAUGAUGACGACCUAGGAGAAACCACCGAUGCUGCUUCGGAAGUUGCGCUGCCUGCGCCAUCUCUGACUUUAUCACCAGAUGAAGCUCACCAGUACCGCGUUGCGGGCUUGUCUUUCGACCAGGAAUUGCCAGGCGGCAAGUUUCCGCAUGCUCCUGCACAAACCCAAUCUUCCACCCGACAGACGCGGGAAGGGGUACUUGAGACUCUAUCCUCUCUAUCUUCUCCCAUUUAUCCGCCCCAGUCUGCUGCUCACCAGGGUAACCUCCGUCUGCAGCACCUGGCCGUGCUGACAUCCAUAUUGCACCGCUGUCUCCUUCAAAGGGACUAUGAAUUCAAUGGAAGGCCGAUCGAUGCGCGGACUGAGGGGAGGUGGGGGAUUGACAUGGCUGCUGAAAAUGGCGGCGACCACGGCGGUCCAUCUCAAUCACCAGGGUCGGGACCGCAGCUCAUGUUCACAAGGAAGGGCUUUGAGGAUGCCAAGAAGUAUUAUGAGAGGCUGAUCAUCCAGCAUCCAUACCGGAAGGCUUCUCCAGACUCCAUCAGCUCAUUGCAUUUCUACCCUGCCAUGUUCGGCCUCUGGGUUCGACAGAAAAUCUGGACUCGUCAUACCGAUGAAUAUGGACAGCAUUCGGAGGAUGAAGAUCUUGCCUACGACCACGACGGCCAUCGUAAUUCCAAGGAAAGAGCCAACGCGCUCAUUGCCGACGUGCGAAAAGCGGAGCUCAAUCAAGCGCAAAAAAUUGCGGGAAGAAUGGAUGAAAUUCUUGGCUCUCCGCCCUAUUCGGAUUCUCCAGAAUUAUUAGAGCUGAGGGGAAUGGUGUCACGCUGGAUUGCUGAUCUAUUUGUGUCCUCUGUGCCUGGAGGACAGACCGAGCACGACUACUAUACCGAUGACGAGGACGAGGACUCGAUGUCCGACAACAUGCAACUUGCGAUGGAGAAGCGUGCGUCCGAGACUCAGAAGUCCGAAGAAUUCUUCAACAAAGCCAAGCAGCGUGGCAAAGGGUCGAUGGGCUAUUGGAUGACGAUGGGCGUGGGAGACUAUGUGCAUGCCAGACCACCCGGCGCCCAACCGCGAUCUCGCACAAGUGAUCAUCAAAGCCCAGAUCCAAAUCAGAACCAAAAUCUCUCAUCCCGACAGGCUCUAGCAGCCCAAGCAAGGGUUGAAGUACCGUCCACCAACCUGAUUGCGCCGGUACCACUACCGGGCAAUCAAGUCAACAACCUAUUUGAACACUAUGCGCAGCAGCCGCAACCACCACCAGUUGAAGAUGCUGCGCACAGGGACAUGUUCGACACCGACGUGGAAGGAAUUGAUGACUCGACCAUCGCAGCAACCAGCGUUUUGGGAUAUGAUGACAUUCCCCCUCAGUAUCAAUUACCAUCAACAGCGCAGCAUCACGCCGCCGCCUCCGACCCGAAGUUAUUCCGACCGCACCCGUCCCAGUCCCAUCUCCUGCAACGCUCGCACGACGCCAAUUGGUACGCGAGCUUUGGCGACAACGCCCUGAAGUCGGCCGGCUUCGACUCAGGGGAUGCGGCCGACGAUGCCGAGAGCCAGUUAACCUCCGUCAUUGGGGAUGAUGAGCGGUCCGACACGAUGGAGGACGCCGCGGAUUAUGUUCGGCGCUACAGGUCGUCAACCACGACGGCCAACGAACCCCUGAGCAAGCGUCUACAGAAUUUCUGGAGCGCCAGCCGUCGCACCUAUCAGAAUCCCACCGAGGACCCUUCCGCGACCGCCGCCGUGUACCCGGAGCCGGCUAAAGCGUCCGGUCCUGGAACCCUGCGACAAACCCACUCCGACUCCAGGAUGAUGACCGCCAGCCAGGUCUUGCCCCUAGCCGGCGGCAACAGCCGGAAAGUCACCCUCCCACGCAGCAUGACAGCGACCCCCCGGACGAGGUUCAGCCCCCCGAAGCCUACCCUCCUGGAACAGUUAGAUCUGACCCCGACCCGCCGGACGUCUGGACCUCGCCCCCAGCCAGGCAAGGACGUGGCAGGCGGAGUCGACCACUACCAGCGCCACCACCACCACCAACAACAACAGAAACAUCGCGACGUCGCGGGGGAGUACGGCCUUUUCGACAGUGACUUCAGGAGACGAGGGAGCCUGCCCCCGCUGAGUGCCUUCGACAUCACCAAUAUCGAUGACCUGGACAACGACCACGAUGAUAAUGACGACCAUAACCAAGACGAGCACGACCACGAGCACGACCACGAGCACGACCCCAUCAAUGACCCCUUCUCCCGCCGCCUAUCUGUCCAGCGCAUCAGCCCAGACAAUGGCUCCAACCCCGAACACGAAGAAGACCACCCUUCUAAAAAGCGCCAGCUUGAUCCCGACUACCCUCCCGAAGUCCUCCGCCAAAAGUCUUUGGCUGACCUCCAAUCCGAACCCUUCGACUACAUCCCCAACUCCGCCGCCUCAGCUGCCGCCCCCGCCGCAGAAACAAAAACCACGCCUCCUCCCCCAGUGUCCUCAACAACCCCAAGCAUCGCGCCCCCCGGACCAGACACGAAACCCGAGGAGAAGAUGUCGCACCUGUUGGGUCUCUCCGACACGGACCGCCGGGAGUUCUUCUCCGGUCUGACUAUGGACGCCUGGGAAGACUACGGCGACCUCCUCAUCGACCAGUUCUCCGCAACGUUGACGAAAAUGAAGGAUCUGCGGCGCGCGCGCCGGCAGACCGCCGCCGUCUUCGAGGCGGAGAUCCGGAGACGGCACGUGCUGGUCGAGGAGCAAUCCGCCGAGUUGUCCCAGAAGCUCAAGGAUAUGAAAAGUGGUGGGGCGGAGGUUCUUCGUGGGCGGACCCCUCAGUGAGAGUUGCUGAGUAGGUAGGGAAGGUAGUGAGUGAGUGAAUGAGCGUGCUCAUUCAUGUUUAUGUGAUUGCGGAAGAGAGGUGGCUCAAAUUUGCACUUUGCAGCAGGCUUUAUUUAGUCUUUAUUGCUUGAUUUCCCUGGAUGGGGCAUACUAACGCUGACGUGCUUCGGUGGGGUUCAUGGCAUUUUUUUCGUGUUUCUUUCUCUUUAUCAGCACUCUACAAAGUAUCAAUAUACCCCCUUUCUACGUGAUAGACACUGUUCCAGACAAAGAAGGUUCGCAUUGUUGGUCCUAGAAAAUGCUAGACAAAAAGCUUGGUGAUAUGCCCAACUGGCUGGAAAAUGCAACAUGCUUGGUUUUGGGACACUGAACGCCAGCAGUGAUCCCACAAUCUCACAGAGAAC